AUGGACAGUGUCAAGCCGCUGCGCAUCAGCAAGGGCACUCCCCAUGCCUCGCCCACCAAGUCCACCAAGACUCCGCUGGCCGAGUUGGCAGGAACCAGUCCUCGCCGCAACUCGCCUUCCUAUAAUCAGGCCACCCGGAAGAUGAUCGUCUCGCAAGAUUCAUCGCCGUUCGCAGACACCGCCACUUCUCCCACAAAAGAGUCAUCGCCGCGCGCAUUCUGGACAGGCCGCGAUCCCAUGUCGCCCUCUCGCUACGACUCUGAGAACACGCCCGAGCAGCGCGAACCCUCCCCAGGCCCCUUCUCUCCCAAGCGACGCGCCAGCAUCGAACGUCUGAAGAUCGCUGGACGUGUCAAGACGAGCAACAUCUUCGCGCUGGAAUCCCGAGAUCAGUACGAUGUCAACAACACACCAGUGGUCGAGCGCCCAAGCGCCAAUCGACCCAUGAGCCAGAGCUUGCUGAACAAUAGCUUCACCCGAUUUGAUAGCUUGAGAAAGGAGAACACGCCAUUGCGCAGCCCGCAGUCCCAGCGCGGCCACAAGCGGACAGAGAGCGAGACAGCACUUCACAUCAGCUCCCCAUCUCACAUCAAACACGAUGUCCCUGCAUCACCCACCAAGUCUGCACUUUCGCGCWGCAGCCAAUUUGAGUCUUCUCACGAGCAGGACAAUGCUAUCUGGUCGGAUGGCGACGAUCGCGCGCCUACUCCUCGCGCUUUACACCGCCACCAUAAGAGCGUUACCUUUCACGAGAACCCUCAAGUCAACGAGUACACACAUCCAACACCAGAGCCAUCCCUCUCAGCCACGUCAGAGUCAAGGGAAGGAAGCUGGGACUCUGAAGAAUACUAUGAUCCAGACUACAGCUUCGAGCGUGGUAGCUCGGCAGACCGCCAUCGCGAUGACAGCUUUGAUGAGGAUUUGGAGAAUGCCGACAAGACUCCGGUAGUGCUCCCGGAAGAUUGGUCCCGCAUGUCACCAGAAGCGGCGCGUCGGGACCUGAUUGAUGAAGGUGACGAUGUUUUCGAGGGCUCUCCGGAGCCGGAACGUCCUAUCUUAGGCCGUUCAGAGAGCGUUGCUUCGGACGGCGAGUCCCGUCCACUUCCACCACUUCCGGGCUUCAUGAGGGACCGCCAAAGUCUCAAUGCCGCAGCCGAGCGCGCCUCGAUGGCUGCACGCAGCUUGCCAUCCCCUCCAAAACGUGCCUCGAUCAGUCAUUACAACGAAGAUGGUCCAUCAUCCAAGCACGGGGAUGUUGAAGAACUCACCAUCACAAAUCUAGACACAGGCGAGUCGAAAGAUGUCCAUGUGAAUGUCGAAUCAACUGAAGUGGAGGAUGACUCUGUCGUUGCCGAUUUGGCCGACUUUGCCAACUCUCCACCAAAAAUCUCACGAGAGAGUAUUCUGCGCAAGGUCARAAAGUCCAAGUACGAGUUCGAGCCCGAGGAUGAAGAUGCUUCCGAUAAUGAAGAUGACAGCCCUGCUCGUCCAACGUAUGCCGAGCUAGCGAAGAUGCACCCAGACGACCCCAUCCCGUCUCGUGAAAACAGCCGCGAGACUAGCGAUGAUUACACCAAUGCGUAUGCACUCGAGCGCGGCCGUCUCCGCGAAGACGAAGUUGAGAUCAAGGAGGAGCCACUCGAAGAGUCUGGCAUCGACCUUUCCACCAUUCCGGCGAUCGGCGAGACGCCUGGUGCUGCGCCUGUAGCGGACUAUCAGCGCGAGUCUUCUGUUCUGCGUCACGAUGUCAGCUUUCCGAGCGAUGAUGAAGACGAGUCUGGAUCCCGCUACUCUUCUGUCGAGCCUGAUGCUGAAAGCACAGAAGUCGAGGUGGAACCAACCAAGUUUGUGGAGCCCGACGAGAACGAUGAGGGUAAGGAGAGUCUUCAAGAUGCAAUGCAGUUGCUUACAGUCAAAGACUACGCGGCGCCUGAACCUGCACCCGAGCCUGCUAUCACUACCAAGCCUGAACAGCAUUCAGCUCCAGCUCCUCGCGAUUUCAUGGGCCUGCCAACUUACCUCAGCACAGGAGGGUUCKAGGGGAUGGAUCAAUACUUCACCCCGACGCCUCCAGCCUCCAAUGACAACACCAAGCAGCUGGACAUCAUUGCUGAUGCGCCCGUGCUUGCGCCAGCUCCUGAGCUCAAGCCGACCUACAAGGACCUUCCACGUCCCACUUACGACGGUGCCGAGUACUCACCAGAAGGCACCCCUGAAUCUGUCGUCCGCCAAUCAAGCAGCGAGUUUGAGCCCCUCGACGAGGAGCCAGUGCCGGAGCCAGUGCCCGAAGUUGUAAUUCCUGAACGUCGUGCAACCAUCAGAACUGGCGGACUCUUGAAAGCUCGCCCGUCUGCAACGCCUGCAGAUAUGCGCACGAUGGCCGAACAGAGAAGACUCGUUAGUGCCGAGCAUGCUAUUCCUUCCAUCCCGCAGGCAUACCAGGCUGAGAUGGAAGAGACGACCGAGGUCAGCGAAGACCUGGAAACCACCUCGUACUCCUCCGAAGGCAACGAGUCGAAAGCAGAUUCCGGUCUUGAACACAGCCCAGUUUCCAAGGCUCAGGACAAGGAAAGCCGAAAGAUGAAGCUUAAUCUUGACAUUCCCGCCCUUGAUGCUGAUAGCAACGGCAACAUUCUUGGCUUGGAUCAAGAAUUUGAGCGUGUGAUUGAACAACAAAAGAAGGKCUACCUCAUGCGACAAAACACCAAGCUUGUCAUUGCCUCCAAUCGAAACUUCUCCAACGACAGCGGCGGCACGAACCAGUCGAAUGAGCAUUCUGGGCCAAAGUCCCCCACAGGCUCACGACCCAGCUCAAGAGGCGGUAAGGGAGUCUCACGAAAGGGAAGUGCCGAGCAAUUCCUCAAGACCGAGCCAUGGAAUGGAACCGCCAGACGUAAGAGCCAGAGACAGGCCUCUAUUCAGCAGCACAGCAACGGAACCGCGCCGCCACUUCCGGGUCAGCCCAGCGCAUUGGGAGUUCUCAAUGAAGAUUUCGCUGCCGGCACCAGCAGCAUGGAGGACGAUGUUGGUGAAGGUGUUGAGCGCGGCCGUCUCUUCGUCAAGGUGGUUGGCGUCAAGGAUUUGGACUUGCCCAUGCCCAAGAACGACCGUCUCUACUUCCAGCUGACCCUCGACAAUGGACUUCAUUGUGUGACAACCUCCAGCUUGGAACUGGGGAAGACCGCAUCAAUUGGCCAAGAGUUUGAGCUCGUCGUGCUCAACGACCUUGAGUUCCAACUUACCCUGACCACAAAACUGCCUGCCCCACCUGCCGUUAAGGCUCCCACUACGCCCUCUUCGCCAUCAAAGAUCAGGCAUCAGAAGUCUUCUAGCUUGUCUCGCUUCCUGACCAGCCCGAAGAAGCGUGCUGAGCGUGACCGACAGGAGCGGGAAGCCGCAGAGGCAGAGGAGCGCCGACAAAAUGAAGAAGCUCGCCGAAAGCGUGCCUCCGUUCAACUUACUUCAUGGGAUCUGCUCCACGACCUCGUCAACCCCUCUGACGGAGCAUUUGCGCGUGCAUACAUCAACCUCAAAGCGCACGAGAAGCAGUGCUUCGGCAGACAACUCACCGUUGAUAUUCCCUGCUACAAUGAAUGGGCGCUGGAAAGCGACUCUGCAGUCGUAAACAGUGUCCGCAGCAAACGCGGAAACGUCGGACCCAUUCGUCGUCCUCCUUACGUCGUCGGCCAGCUCGAACUCCAACUUCUGUAUGUGCCCCGUCCCGCAAAUGCCGCGGACGAAGACAUGCCAAAGUCCAUGGGCAGUGCCAUUCGCGAAAUGUCCCGUGUGGUGGAGACAGUUGAUAUUUCCCACGAAGGUCAUCUCAGCCAGCAAGGAGGCGAUUGCGUCCACUGGCGGAGAAGAUUUUUCCGACUCCAGGGUGCCAGACUGACUGCGUAUCAUGAGCACACGCAGCAAAAGCGUGCCGUCAUCAAUCUCAGCAAGGCGACUCGCUUAGUGGACGACAAGAGCGCUCUCGUCGCGAAUCCAAAUUCUGCAAAUCCCUCUAGCAGAGGUGGUAGGAGAAAAUCUGCUUUCGCGGAGGAGGAUGAGGGGUAUGCAUAUGUUGAGGAGGGAUUCCGGAUACGCUUUGCAAACGGUGAGACCAUCGACUUCUAUGCCGACAGCUCUGCUGCCAAGGACAAGUGGAUGGCAGCGCUGUCCCAGGUCAUUGGCAAGCCAGAUGUCCAGAAGAAGAGUGCGACGUGGACGGACCUGGYGCUCAAGAGGGAGAAGUCGGACCCCUCGGCGUCCUCGGGCGCAAUUCAAGGGAGUGGCAAUGGAGUUGAAGUGAGAGACUUCACCAAGCCGCCUGCUCUACCGAGAAAGAACUCGGAGCGGAAGCCAGUCAAUGCUGCCGCUCCGGCAAGACCGGCGACGAGUUAUGGCUUGAGGAGUCCCGACAAAAAGGCCAAGGAGGCUGAGAGGCCCCGCACGCCGCCGAUGAACCCACGAAGGGCUGGCAGGGAGCGAGAUCAGGUCAAGAGUAUGAUCUUCUAA